AUGAAGCAAGGUUCUAUUAAUAAUUUUUUCAAAAGACAAUUAUAUGACAAUGGUGAAGGAACUUCUAAAAGAAAUAAGUAUAAUGAAAGUUCACAAGUUCCACAACCUUAUGAACCUAGUCAAAAACCAAAAGUUCGACAAGAACCACAACCUAAUGAACCUACUCAAAGACCACGAGCUCCACAAGGACCACAACCUAAUGAACCUAGUCAAAUACCACAAGUUCCAAAAACUUUUGAUUUGAAUGAUCUUCCUUCGGACCCGGGGGAUAGGCCAAAAAUUACAUCUUAUCAUCCUAAUCAAAGAGAUGAAAUAAGGAGGACAUAUUUGACUAAAGGACCUUGUCAACCGAAGGGGCAUACUUUUGAAUCAAAGUUAGUUGGUAAGAAGCUAAGACGUUUUGUUGUUGAAUGGUUUGUUGAAUUUCCAUGGUUAGAGUAUAGCAUUAAGAAGUACAAGGCAUAUUGUUUGUGUUGCUACUUGUUUGGAGACAUGGUAGGGAACAAGGUGGAAAAGAUGCAUUUACAACCGAUAACUUUGACACUUGGAGUAAAAAACAUCAUUCCGGAAACAUAUUGGCAAGGUUAUGAAGGAGCAAGUAAUAUGAGUGGUGCAUUCAAUGGAUUGAAAUCAUUGAUAUUAAAAGAAAAUAAUUCUGCACAUUAUAUACAUUGUUUUGUGGCGGUAGCAAAGAAACACGAUGAUGUUGAAGAAUUCUUUGAACAAUUAGCUUUGGUGGUUACUGUGGUUUGUGGUUCUUGUAAGAGAAAAUAUAUGAUACUGGAGAUGCAAAAAGAAAAAGUUGAAGCCGAAAUUUCUAUUGGUGAAAUUGAAACUGGAAGAGGAUUGAAUCAAGAGAUUUCUCUUGCUUGA